CAUGAACUUCCUCCUUUACUAAUUUUCUUAUACUCCAUUUUCCCUUUUUCCACUUAAUUCCUUACUCUUCUCUUUUCCCUCUACUUACUUUUUAUAGGCUAUACUAAAAGAAAGCUGACAAAACACGCUUGUCACAUAAUACUGGUUGCACUUUAGAACUUCAGUUAUUCUCUUCUCUGCUAAAGUAAUCGUCGUACUUAACAUUUUUAAAACAUAUCGAUGAAGAAUUUUAAAAUAUUUUUUAAUAUUUCAGUUGCAACUUUUCUUCUCUUAUCAAUAAGUGGAGUGAUACCAAAAUCGAAGAAAGGUUUUUCGUGUAACGAUGAUUCCAUUCGAUAUCCUUAUCUAGGAGAUACUAUAACUCCCAUCCAAUUAUUCACUAUUUUACUAUUUUUUCCUACAACAGUAAUUAUUUUAAACGAGUUAAAUUAUCCUUCAACGCAGAGAGUUGUCAAAUCCAGUAUCAAAUAUUAUCUGAUAGGAUUCCUUUACGUAUAUGCUAUAACAGAAGUGCUGAAACAUUAUGUUACGGGACUUCGUCCCCAUUUUUUACACACGUGUAUGCCAGAAUGGUCAAAUAUAAAUUGCUCGAUAAGCGACACCAUUUCUCAAUUCAUCUGCACUGGAUCCUCUCAUCUAGUUCAUUCAGAUAUAUAUAAAUCGUUUCCCUCCGGACAUUCCUCACUUUCUUGUUUUGCUCUGGUUUUUCUUAAAAAAUAUUGCAAACGGAUAAAGAUAAAUCACUUGUAUUGGUUAAUUUUUCUAUCGUUUCUCCUAUGGACUCUGGGUUGCUGUAUAACUCGUAUUUAUGACCAUCGUCAUCAUUGGUGGGAUGUUGUUGGAGGGAUGUCACUGGGAAUAAUAACUGGUUGGUUUAUGGUAAAUAAAUUCAAUACCCAGGCAACGUCGGGCUUACCUGCUAGUUUAUUAUAA